AACAAAUAAUAAUCAAAUUAAUAACGAAAAUGGAGUUGCUGAAACUCUUCAAAUUCAAGCUCCAGCUUCGAGCUCUCGUCACGGAAUCUCGAGAUCUCAGGGUAAGAAUUCUCCGCCUUCCAGAUAGCGAUUCUGCUGUUUGGAUGCAGAAACAAAAGCAUACGGAGGAGGAAUUCAGUCGAAAGUUGCAGGAAUUGCAAGCGGAAUCAGCUUCGUGUAAUGAUUUGCGAGAAAAGCUCGAAAGGAAGGAGGCUAGCUACCUACAAAACGAUAAUGCUUUGCUCGAAAACAAGCAAAAGGAGAUGAAAGGAACUACUAAUGGCUUGCUUCAGUCCAGGGAUGAUCUUAUAAAUGCUUAUCAGGAUUACAAAUCAUAACUUAAUAAUAGUUGCAAUGUUUCAACUCGUUGUGCUUCAAUGGCAAAGAACAAAAUGGAUCAGGUCCCCACGUUUGAGAAAGUGUCCGUAGGCUGGAAGUUUUGCUGUUAUUUUGCACGCGAUCCAGAAUGCUGUUACCUUAACUUAAGUCUGGUACGUUCUUUUUCUCUAAUGGAGAGAUGCCAGAAGGCCACUUCUUGUUUUUCCCUUCGGAGAGAAAAACAGAUUUCAUUUUUAGUCAUUCUGGAUAAGAGGAAAAUCUUCUAUUAGUUAUCAUAUGAAAAUCUGGUAGUAGUUGCAUCAAAAUCUAUUUUCUUCUCGUUAGCAGUAGUAGCAUGCAGGAAAGUUUUUGUGACCUCAAAUUUACCCAGCAAUCAUGCUUGAUUGAAGCGAAUUGAGAUAUUGAUAAACCAGAUCUUAGAAU